UUUAUUCCAAUUUUGCGUUAAAUUUUUUAAUAUUUUUGCAUUGCUAAUGCACUCGUUUAAUGUUUAUCAUUAUUUAGCAGUAUAACCAAGGGUUUUUUACAGAAGAGGCCAUUCCAUGUAAAAGCGUUUUAUGCUUUCGUUGUUCAAUACAUAUAUAAACUUUAUAGGCUUUAUAGUUAUACUCCUCAUUGAAACCAGUGAUUUAUAUUUGCUUAUAAUCUGUUUAGAGAUCUUUAGAGGCUUUAGAGAUCUCAUGCAGUUACAUCAUUAAUCAUAAUUUAACGCUCUGCCGCUUUUACACAAUGAUUAGCCAAUGAAUUCUAAUUAUGUAUGCGUAUAUCAUAAUAUUUACACCGUAUCCUAGCAACCCAUGGUUGAACUGCAGGCAAGAUCGAGCGCGUUUGAAUAUAAACUUUAAACGCAUGCGCAAAAUUACAUAUGAUCCGAAAUAUUCAUGUUUGCACCACAAGCCGCAGGAGCAUUUUAGCUGCAUAUAAUCUAACAAAUUUUGCAAAUACAAAGUUGAAAUUGUAAACUGCAACAAGAGGCUGCUAAAGAGUAAAGCGUAAAGAGGUUAAAGAGAGUUACAUCAAGAAUGGAUUAUGCCUGCAAGACUUGUUCGAAGAAGUUCACUCAGUUGAGAAGUUUAAUUCGCCACGAACGCUCUACCCAUGGAGAAAAGAAGUUAUUUAUCUGUGAACAGUGCAAUGAGUCUUUUACACGAAGAGAUGCUGUCAAACGGCAUGAAAAGCGACAUCAAAAGAUCACUACGUAUACCUGUAACAACUGUAGAAAAGAAUUCUACCGUCACGACAAAUUAGUGGAACAUCAAAUUCCUUGUCAAGGAAAUCCCUUAAUACGAAGACCUGAUGAAGAUGAUAGCGGUCCAGUUCCAAAGAAGGCACGAGCUGAUAUUCAAAUUGGAAAAGGGGAAACAGCUAGCCAGGUUGAAGAAAACGACAACAACCCUUGCGGUUCAACAACAGCUUUUGAAGAUUCCUUGAAGAAAAUCGAACUGAGACCACGAAAAAACCAAAAACACGACAUGUCUCAGUUCUUGCGUGUCUCUGUAUGAAAACAGUUAAUCAGCACGAACUGUCUAAUCAACUGGAUGAAGCGAAGCAGAAAAUUGUCCAGUCGCUGGUGUUAUUUCAAAAAGAAGGAAGUGGUUGGAUAUUAGACGAAAUCCUUCAUCUUGACCUUUGCAUGGCCAAGUAUACUCCAGUAAAAGGAUCCAGUUACGUCCCACUACCUAGAACUAUUGCAGGAAAGAAAGCAGUGAUCAACGUUAAGAAUUCCGACAGCAAAUGCUUCAUGUGGGCCGUCCUUGCUGCUCUUCAUCCUAUUCACUGGAAGAAUAACCCGGAAAGAUUACAUCACUAUGAAAAUUUUCAAGAUGAAUUAAAUUUUAAUGUCAAAACCAUCAUAAAGCACGGAUGUUUUACUGCCGCUAUUGCUUUCAUGGAUUUAUCCGCGAAGACUUGCUUCAAGAGCAUGAACCACACUGCUGUCAACAUGCAGCUCAACGCAUCGAACUCCCGACUGAAGAGAAUGCUCAACUGUUCUUUAAAGACUACUAUAAACAGUUGAAAGUUCCGUUUGUGAUUUACGCCGACUUCGAAAGUCUUACCACCAAGAUCAACUCAGUUAAUCCUAAUCCUGAAAAAUCCUCCACUGAAAAAUACCAACACCACCAACCUUGUGGAUUUUCCUACAUUGUUGUAUCCGACCAUGAGAAGUAUUGUAAAGCGCCUGUAGUUUAUCGUGGAGAAGACGCAGUCGACGAAUUUAUGAAGUGUUUAGAAGAAGAGCAGAAAUAUAUUCAAGAGAAACUGGAUUGGAUCGAGCCCAUGCGAAUUGAGAGAGAAGAAGAGCAAGCGUUUCAAGAUGCAGUCCAUUGUCAUAUUUGUGGAUAUGAAUUGGGUUCUGACCGUAUUCGUGACCAUUGUCAUCUUUCUGGAAAGUACCGCGGAGCUGCGCACAACGAUUGCAAUUUGAACUAUAGUUUUACCGGCCGAAUUCCUGUUAUUCUUCACAAUCUACGUGGGUAUGAUUCUCAUCUCAUAAUGCAAGGACUUGGUAAACUCAAAGAGAAGAAGAUCAACUGCAUUCCAAACAACACCGAAAAGUACAUCUCCUUCUCCAUCGAUAAUAUGGAUUAUAUCGACUCCUUACAAUUCAUGAAUGCAUCGUUGGAGAAGCUAGUAUCUAAUCUAGCAAAGGACGGCGUUGAAAAGUUCCCCGUUCUAAAGAAAUAUAUCGACAGCGACAAAAUAUCCCUUCUGCUAAGAAAAGGCAUCUACCCCUACGACUACAUGGAUUGUACAGAGAGAUUCAAUGAACCAACCUUACCAUCGAAGGAAUCCUUCUACAACGUGUUGAACGACGAACAUAUUUCAGACGAAGAUUACGCACACGCGACGAAUGUAUUUAACAAGUUUGCCUGUCGGAACAUGGGUGAUUACCAUGAUCUGUACUUAACGUCGGACGUUCUUCUCCUUGCGGAUGUGUUUGAAAAUUUCCGAAGCGUGUGCCUCAAAGCCUACAACUUGGAUCCCUGCCACUUCUAUACAAGUCCUGGUCUAGCCUGGCAAGCGUGUUUGAAAAUGACUGAAGUCGAACUCGAGCUGCUGACCGAUCCAGACAUGUAUCUAUUCAUCGAAGAAGGUCUUCGCGGUGGAAUUUCAAUGAUUAGCAACCGCUAUGGUAAAGCCAACAAUCCAUACGUUCCCGAUUAUGACCCAGAACAAGAGACCUCCUACGUGAUGUAUCUUGACGCUAACAACCUCUAUGGCUGGGCUAUGUCGCAACCUCUACCCACGGGUGAGUUUGACUGGCUAACCGACCAAGAGAUUGCAGAACUCGACAUCACGGACGUUGCGGACGAUGACGAUGAAGGCUACAUAUUGGAAGUAGACCUACACUAUCCGUCCGAAUUACACGAUCUUCACAACGAUUAUCCUCUAGCACCUGAGAAAAUGAAGAUUUCUUCAGAAAUGUUGUCACCAUACUGCCAGGAUCUGUCGGAAAGUUUGCAACUUCGUGGUGGCGCUGUGUCUAAAUUGGUGCCGAAUCUACAAGACAAGAUCAACUAUGUGGUCCAUUACCGCAAUUUAAAGCAAUACCUGGCACUUGGCAUGAAGUUGACAAAGAUCCACCGCGUUUUGGUAUUCCAACAAAGCCCAUGGUUAAAGACCUACAUCGAUUUCAACACCGAGAAACGAAAACAUGCAGCAAACGACUUCGAGAAAGAUUUCUACAAGUUGAUGAAUAACUCGGUGUUCGGCAAAACCAUGGAGAAUUUGAGAAAGCGCGUUAACGUCAAGCUCGUCAACGAUAAGACGAAACUAUCGAAAUUGAUAGCAUCUCCUUCCUUUGACUACUUCCGCAUAUUCUCAGAGGAGUUGGCAGCUGUCAACAUGAAGAAGACGAAGCUUUACCUAAACCGCCCCAUCUACGUCGGAUUCACCAUCCUGGAUCUCUCCAAAGUACUCAUGUAUCAGUUUCACUACGAGUACAUGAAACCCAAGUAUGAGUACAACGCAAAGUUGUUGUUCACAGACACGGAUAGCCUUUGUUACGAGAUUAAGACCGACGACGUUUAUCAAGACAUGUUGCAAGACAUCGAUCUCUUUGACACAUCCGAAUACGCACGAGACCAUCCACUGCACAGCCUGACGAACAAGAAAGUCCUUGGCAAAAUGAAAGAUGAAACGCAUGGCAUACCCAUCCAAGAGUUUGUUGGUUUGCGACCGAAGAUGUACUCCAUUCUCUAUACCGAAAACGACAAGCAAGUGGAGAAGAAAACGGCUAAAGGAAUAAAGAAGUCCGUCACGAAACGAAAGCUUCGGCACACCAACUACAAGGAAUGUUUGUUUGAUAAGAAACGGACAAUGGCCAGCAUGAAUCAGAUUCGAAGUGAACGCCAUGAAAUCUACUCCAUUAAAUUGAACAAGAUUGGUCUUAGCCCUUAUGACGACAAACGCUAUAUUAUAAACGAUGAGUGA